AUGCAGCGCGGGGGCGGGGAUUGUUUGCGUCGCGGCCGGAACGGAAAGUGGGUCAGCGCCGGCGGAGCUUGGCCGCAGGUGAGCCGCGCCGGCCCAGCCCGGCCAGGCCCGGCGGGCGGCGCGCUGACCUUGCAGGCGGUCAAACCGGCCACCCUUUGUUCCCCGGCGGUGGCGCUCGGGUUUCUGGGCGGGGACCUCGGAGCCAGGUGCCAGCCGCUUCGUCGUAGCGAGAUCCGCGAGCCUCGCCCCGCGGAGGCCGAGCGCGGCCGCGUCCCGGGACGUCUGAGGUUCAUUCAUUGGGUUCCUACCGUGUACUCCUGUCCGGCCCUCAGCCAGCCCAACUGCUGCGGAGUGCUGGGCGCGGCCACGCUCGGCCCCUUUGUGGGUGACUGGGGCGAGGUCCUUUCCACAAUGGCCCGGCGUCCACGGAGUAGCAGAGCAUGGCACUUUGUUCUGAGUGCAGCCCGCCGAGACACAGAUGCCCGAGCCGUGGCUUUGGCAGGCACCACUAACCGGGGCUAUGACUCUGAUGGGCAGCACAGCGACUCUGACUCCGACCCUGAGUACUCUUCCCUGCCACCAUCCAUCCCCAGUGCUGUGCCUGUGACAGGGGAGUCCUUCUGUGACUGUGAGGGUCAGAACGAGGCUACCUUCUGCAACAGCCUACACACAGCACACCGCAGCAAGGACUGUCGGUGUGGUGAGGAGGAUGAGGAUUUUGAUUGGGUCUGGGAUGACCUGAACAAGUCCUCAGCCACCUUGCUGAGCUGUGAUAACCGCAAGGUUAGCUUUCAUAUGGAGUACAGCUGUGGCACUGCGGCCAUCCGGGGCACCAAAGAGCUAGGGGAUGGCCAGCAUUUCUGGGAAAUCAAGAUGACCUCUCCUGUGUAUGGCACUGACAUGAUGGUGGGCAUCGGAACCUCAGAUGUAGACCUGGACAAGUACCAUCACACAUUCUGCAGCCUGCUUGGCAGGGACGAAGACAGCUGGGGCCUCUCCUACACUGGGCUCCUCCAUCACAAAGGCGACAAGAUGACUUUCUCAUCACGCUUUGGCCAGGGCUCUAUCAUCGGCGUACACUUGGACACCUGGCAUGGGACGCUGACCUUCUUCAAGAACAGGAAGUGCAUAGGAGUGGCUGCCACCCGGCUGCAAAACAGAAGGUUCUACCCGAUGGUGUGCUCUACAGCUGCCAAGAGCAGCAUGAAAGUCAUCCGCUCCUGUGCCAGCUCCACCUCCCUGCAAUACCUGUGCUGCUAUCGCCUGCGCCAGCUGCGGCCAAACUCAGGAGAUACCCUCGAGGGCCUGCCCUUGCCACCUGGCCUCAAGCAAGUGCUACGUAACAAGCUGGGCUGGGUCCUGAGCAUGAACUGCAACCACUGGAAGUCCCCUGGACCCCCUCCUGGCACAGCCACAGCUAGUGUUGAGAGCACCGAGUCCAGGCCCUGUCAGAGGAAGCGCUGCAAAAGAAGCUGACUUCUCCAGCUGAAGCGCGGCUACCUUAUUCUGUCCCUUCCAGGGCAGCAGGAGAGGAAGAACUGAGGUCCAGGCUUGUCCCCAUCUAUCUGAAGCCAGGACAGUCUUCUGAUGGCCGUGGAGCGUGGAGGCCAUUCUACUGCAUGUGCUGGGGGAGCAGCACUCUGUUUGUGCUCUGAGUUGCCAUGUGUCUUGGGAACAGCAGCCCAAACAUUUCAGGACCUGGAUUAUAAACCUGGGAUGCUAGCUUACUCAAACACUCACAGCCCAGGAAAAAGGAGAUGGGCUGUCCCAACCCACAGGGCCUUGGGGUUUUCCUGACUUGCAACUGCAUGUUGUCAGCUCCUGCCCAUUACAAAGAUGUCAGUGGGUGCCCUGUGAAGGGUUUUUGUCUCGUUCCCAUAGGCUAUAUAACAUUAAAACGGUCCCUAAUAAGGCCUGAGCUGUCCA